UAAAGUUAGAUAAAGUUAGAAAGUGCUAUAUUCUGUACCUGGUAUGAAGAGAAUCUGUUGCCUGUUGCAUUUUCUGGAAGUAAUCUUUAAGGAUCUGUUAUGGAAUUAUUGAUCACAAUAGCACCAAAAAUGGAACUAGUAAAAAUGUGUAUAGAACCAUGAUGCAUGCCUACAGUGUGUUACCCUGUGUAUGCAGAUGGCAGCGCAGCUGGGGAGUAGCCCACAGGUGCUGUCAGCUCCAGAGCCUGAGCCGCCUUUCUCAGCAGAAUCCUGAGGCCCUCAUCACUCUUCAAGGACACACUGUGGUGUUUUCUGACCAGUCGGGUAUGAACGCCUCUGGACACGUGAUGCUGGGGACCAUGGACGUUCAUCAUCAGUGGACCAAACUCCUCCAGCAGCUGCCCAGCUAUCGCAGCCUGCAGCAGCAGACAGACUGGCUGAAGGAGAGGAUCAGUUUCCUGCUGGGCGGCGUUCAGGUGGUCCACCUGGAUAGGCUGGGUCCAGUUCAGCCCAUCACAGAACACUACAGCACCCUCAGCACCUUCCAUAAGACCCUGAUGUCCCGAAAUCUCCGCCUGCACCCCAGGAGCCUGCAGGGUCUCACCAUGUCACUGGAGAAUGACCGCUCUAAGCCUGCUCUUCAUGAAAUGGGACACUUUAUCAUCCCGACAAACUGUGACUCUCCCAAGCUGCAGGUCUUCCUCCAGAGCCACGCCCCCGAGGCCAGACAGUGCACACAACGCAGAAUCCAGCUGCAGGUGGAGGAGGAGGCAGUGGUGAAGCAGUGUGUCCACAGUCUGUCUCUGAGGAGUCUGACUAAGGAGCCCAGCGUCAGCUCCAGUCAAAUGAUUAUGUGCUGUAAAAGACUGUUGGACCAGCGCUCCCCCCUCAUGCAGGGCCUCCAUAUCUGUGUCUCUCACUUCUACUCUGUCAUGCAGGACGGGGACGUGUGUGUCCCCUGGGACUCGAAGAGCUGAGCCCUGCGAGAGCAGGACAUAACUCAGUCCAGAGGUGGAUUCUUAGAUGUGACGUCACAACUUUUCAAACUCAGAGGAAGUGCUGCAUUAAAGCUGACCAGUGUGGACUCUUCCAUUAAGUAGCACUUUAUCUUACUAAUAAGAAGUGAACAGUCAGUUGAGGACAGCGGUUGGGUUAGCUCUUCCUAGAGGUCACAAAAUAAUUCAAGUGUAAGAAGAGGAAGACGUCAAUUCCUUCCGUUGAACUGUGUAUCAGUGUUUUUGUGCCUUGUAAUGGACUCAAAGCUGCUCCAGCACUGAAGCCGUUUUCAGGGUCACAAUCUUUGUUUCGGUUUGAAAAACCAUUAAUGUUAUGUGAAGUGCACUGAGAGAGAAAUAAAUUACGGUUCUGUUAAAUA